AUGGCCUGCUGUCAAACUAGCUUCUGUGGAUUUCCCAGCUGCUCCACUGCUGGGAACUGUGGCUCCAGCUGCUGCCAGCCCAGCUGCUGCCAGCCCAGCUGCUGCCAGCCAACCUGCUGCCCGACCAGCUGCUGUGGGACCGGCUGCGGGGCAGGCUGUGGGACCUGCUGUGGCACUGGCUGUGGCCAGGGUGGCUGCUGUGGAGGCGUGAGCUGCCGCACCAGGUGGUGCCGCCCUGACUGCCGCGUGGAGGACACCUGUGUGCCCCCCUGCUGUGUGGUGAGCUGCACCCCCCCAACCUGCUGCCAGCUGCACCAUGCCCAGGCCUCCUGCUGCCGCCCAUCCUACUGUGGACAGUCCUGCUGCCGCCCAGCCUGCUGCUGCUACUGCUGUGAGCCCACCUGCUAA